GGAGACUGUGGACAUAGGAACAGAGAUGGAUGUACCACCAGAGACAGUGACACAGCCCGUCACUCUGGACCGGAGGCCCUCGGGACCCAGUACCAGCCCAAAGCAGGUUUCCCUGGAGGAGGUGGAUGGGGAGCUGGGCCUGGUGAAGGUGGAGCUGCAGAAGGUAUGGGACAUGCUGCGGGACAGAGACAGUGAGCUGGAGGAGCAACACCAGGAGCUUCAGUCAGCCAGAGGCCAGAUGAACCAGCAAAUUAGUGAAGUUCAGAGGCUGGAUCUGGAACUGACCGAGAGAGAGCAGGAACUUAGGGAAAAGGAGCAUAGCUUGAGGAGUCUGGAGAGACUGAGAGAUGCAGAGAGAACAGAGGCACAAAUUAAGAUCUCUGCACUUGAGCUGAAGCUUGUUACACAGAAGGACCAGGAUGCAGAAGGUCACAGCGGUGAGAGCCAAGAGGACGUCCUGAACGCACUUCGGUCCCAGCUGGAAGAGAGCAGGAGACAAGCCAGUCAGCUGGAGAAGGACAGAGACCAAGCGGUCCAGAGGCUGCAGUCGCUGCGCCAACUUCACCAGAGUAAAGAAGGGAAGCCUCCUCUCGACAGGAAGAGGAAGGGGGAAAAAGAGGAGAAAACGGCUACUCUGGAUAUUGUGGACCAGGAGAAACAGAGAAGACUGGUUACCGAGCAGCUAAAGACCCUGUUUAAAGAGCGCGAGCUGCAGGGGCCGACCUGUGACCUUUCGGCUGGAGAUCCGAGCGACGGGCGCACGCAGCAGUCCACAGUCAUCAAGAAUGCGGUAGAAACUCUGCACGGCCAGAGGAAGACGCAGCAGGAGCCGUUGAGGGACGGGGGCCACCAGCAGGGGGCAGGACUGAAGCCGGGGCUGACGGAGCAGGAGCGGAGGGAGGAGGUGGACUGCCGAGACAGGAAGGAGGGAGAGCAGGAGGAGCAGAAGGAGAUGGCUUGUCUGAGGGACGAGCUCCACAACAAAGCACAUAUGCCAAGCUAAGGUUCCAGCAGCAGAUCCAGGGCCUGCGUACCGCAGCACCCCAGCAUGCUGAGAGGAAACCAGAGGCCAGGGUGCCCAGACUGUCAGACCCUACCCAGGAAGACCACGUGGGGGCUGGGAUACCCCUCCUCUGUGGAGAUGGAAUUUAUCUGGCUCGACAGGUGGAGAUCUGUUCUAGUCCUGACGAAGAGGAGGAGGAGGAGGGGUAGAAGGGGUGGGGGUGCAAGUUACUUGUUGCAUCUCACAGGGG